AUGACUCGGAAGGCUUCCGGGUCGCCGGAAGCGCCAGGCGCCGGCCGGACGUCUCGCGUCUGGGCUCGGGUGUCUGUACACCUGGGUGUCUCGACGUUGCUCGCCUGCGCCGCUCUUUUUCUCGCCACGCCAGAACGCACCUCGGCGGUGGCCCCUGCUGGGAUUACUGUCGGUGCGCCUUCGCCGCCUCGGCGCUUGUCGCCGGGCGGCGAGCUGCCGCAGGCGCUGGAGGAAUUCCUCCAAGUCAGCGGCGGGAUGAGCCUCUUCAUCGGCAUCUUGCUUACUCUCACCGGCAGCGUCAUGAUGGCGGGAGGCAGUACCAUGAUGAAAGUCGGCCUGCACUUGGACUCGGAGGGAACCAAAAACGCCACGUCGCUCAUGUGUGAACCCAUGUGGCUCUCGGGCUUUGCGGCGUACACCUUUGGUGCUCUGAUGCACGUCGUGGCCCUCGCCUUCGCACCCGCGAGUGUCCUGGCGCCCAUGAACUCCAUCGGACUCAUUGCCAAUGCCAUCACCGCAGCUACUGUUCUGAAGGAACCGUUUGGUUUCCAGGAGUUCCUUUUCACCGGGGGGACGGCUUUGGGAGUGACUCUGUGCGCCUGCGCGACACUGCUUCCCCACGACCAGUUCGUGAACAUGGGCAGCGACACAGUGAUGUCGGAGAAAGACUUGGCUCUGUACAGCUGGCGAGACCCGUGGUAUCUGGCCUACCUCGCCUGCUGCGUCGUGCCAGGCUUCGGCACACUCAUCUACGUGAAUUCAGAAGAGAGUGCGGCGCUCGAGGAGCAAGAACGCUACAUGAUGGCUUCGCCUCGGGCCAACAUGAAGCGCAUCGAACUCGCCCGCCUGAGUGCCUCGCAGGCAAGCUCCGGGGCUGGUGUGGACGGAAACGUCGUAAAUCUCGCCGCUUUGAGCAACUCAGAAAACCCAGGCGGCGCCACUCAGGCAACGCUGAAAUCCAAAAUUCUCAGAGACAUUCAGGGAGGCGGAGACGACUCGCACUGCGCUCUGCUUGACGAGGGCACCCAGCAGCAAUCCCCGGGAAAGAAAACCGUCCCCUAUUCGCGGUGUAUCGGCCUGUGCUACGGCUUUCUCGCGGGGCUGACUGGCGCCCAAUGCGUCCUGGAGCUGAAGGAACUCGCUGCAUGCGUCCACAGCGGCAUGGACGAUCCUGCGAUAUGGCACCAUCCGCAGCCGUACCUCGUCAUCGUCUUCCUCGUGGCCUCCGUGUGGACUCAAAUCCACUUCCUCAAUCUCGGCCUGGCCCGCGGCGAAGCGACACUCGUUGUUCCGACGUACUACGUCAGCUGGACGUUCUUCGGUACCCUGGGCGGUUUCGCCAAAUUCCACGAGAUCCAAGGUUUUAGCGUGGGCGCCAUCACCCUCUUUGGCCUCGGUUUCGGUCUGACGAUUCUCUGCAUCGCGAUCCUCGCUGUGCAGGAAAUGACCGUUCUGCGACGCUACGUCGAUGAACGCGUCCCCGACUUACCGGAGGCAGAACUUGACCUGCCGACGCAAGAGCUGCAGGAGCAACAGCUGGCGAAGCAGGUGACACUGGCGAUGGGGCUUUUCCCCUUCUCGAUGCUUGGACGAACAGUCGGCCGCAAGAGGUUCCGACCUCUCUAUCAACGCUUUCGCCGUACCCGAUCUACCGCGUCCGACACGGCGCUUAACGACUCUUACGGCGAACUCACUCUCAGCUCCGCAGGCGUGGGCGCCUACACUCUACCGCACAACCUCCACUUCAACCGCAAUUCGGAGAGUCUGACGUGGGAUUCUAGGACGCGCCGUGAGCAUACUUUCGAGCGUGCGCGCGCGGAGAGCCUGGGACCGUCGCCUUUUUCUCGCCACUUGGCAGCUGCGGGGCGUCAGAACAGCGAGAAUUCGACGCUGGCCGCUACCACUCUGGGGAAGUCUGUCGCGACUGAGAGACGCGGCGAAAAAGAAGAAGAGAGACGCGUGCACCGCGUGUCCCUGACGGACUCUCACAGACCGACAGCGUCCAGCUCCAGGUCGCCCUUUCCAGGAUCUGCCGGCGUCGUGGCGAGUCCGGCCGGGGUUUCUCGGACUCCCUCAGAUGCAAGUCGCGUGACGGGGCGCGUUGCCUGGGAGGUGAAGCCGCAACCGACCGUCGAGUUCCGCAUGACCCCCCUCGCUCGCAACGCUGGAGGGAUGCAGGGUUCGUUGGCUUCGCCGACUGCCGCUCCGGCGGCUGUGCUCUACUCCGCAGUGCCUCAGUACGCCCCGCCCUCUCGGCAGGCGUCGAACGGUGUUUGA